AUGAUUGACUUGCUUUGUGCCUUCCGCCUGGACGAUCACCCCAUCAGGCUAAACCAAGAAUUCCGUCGGGACCUUACCUGGUGGCGGGAGCUUUUUCAAACCUGGGAUGGCCUCAGUUUCUUUUGUAUGCCCACGUGGGCGCCCGUCCCGGAUUUCCAAGUCUCGUCGGAUGCUGCAGGGUCACUGGGCUAUGGGGCUAUUUUUAACACCAAGUGGUUUUGCGGCGCUUGGUCUAUGGAGCAACGGUCGUUAUCGAUUGCGUACAAGGAGCUCUUCCCCAUCGUUGUAGCCGCCGCCUUAUGGGGUUCUCAGUGGGGCUCUCGGCGGGUCGAGUUCCUGUGCGACAAUGAGUCAGUGGUGGCUGUACUUAAGUCUGGCACUUCACGGGACCACCUCUUGAUGGGGCUGCUGCGUCAUUUAUCCUUGCUGGCUAUACGCCACUCAUUUAUGUUUACGGCGUCUUCAGUUCGCGGCUUGGCCAAUCCAGUAGCGGACUCCCUCUCACGCUUUCAAUUUCAGCGUUUUCGUCGUCUGGCACCUCAAGCCGACCUGACUCCCUGUGUGAUUCCCGAGUCGCUGCUGGCCGCACUCCAGACGUGUUGACCCAGAGGUGUCAGUUUCUGCUCUCCCAGGGACUCGCGCCCUCCACUCGGCGUGUUUAUCUCUCUGCUCAGCGUCGCUAUAUUGACUUUUGCCGCCGGGAUGGUCGCCUUAACAGCGAUGGCCCCUUCCCUCCUGCCGAUGAGGAGACUCUCAUGCGCUUUGCUUCACUCUUGGCCGACAACUUGACCCACGCAUCUAUAAAGGUAUACCUGUCAGCAGUACGUUCCCUUCACAUUGACCAUGGCUUGUCAGACCCUUUCGUCAACUGCCUUCGUUUGCAGCGUUUACUCAGGGGAAUUAAGCGGGUUCAAGGUCCAGUAUCACCCCGGCGCCUGCCUAUCACCCUGGAUCAUCUGCGGGCGAUUCAACAUCGUCUGGACUUCUCCAGGAGAGACCAUGUGAUGCUGUGGGCGGCAUGCUGUUUGGGUUUCUUCGGUUUCUUACGAGCUGGGGAGUUCACGGUGAAUUCUGCAUUUCAGCCUAGUAUUCAUAUGACUGUUGCUGACCUGCAGGCUGAUUCCCUGGUGAAUCCUACCUGUUUUAAAGUUCAUAUCAAGUGCUCUAAGACUGAUCCGUUUCGCAUGGGCUGUGAUGUAUAUGUGGGGCGUGGUGAGGGCCUGGUGUGUCCCAUCCGUGCUUUGGGCAACUUCUUGGUUCUGCGUGGCUCUUCUGAGGGUCCUCUCUUUACUUUUAGUGACGGUCGCCCUCUUACUCGGCAACAAUUGUCAUCCACA